UCGAGAAGAACCGAACAUAGGUCAGCCGGCCCGCCGUCCGUUGUGAAAGACCAAGGUAGCUGCAAUAUCGUGUUAUAUAAAAUACAAAGAUUUGAAUUAUUGUGCUGAGUUGCUACUGAACUGAACGCGUCAAAGCAACUAUACGACGAUGGCGUUAAAAUUUGUUGCUAUCGGCUUGGGCCUGCUCCAGCUGGCUGUAGGCCUGCCUACGAACAAAGCCAAUACUCUGGAAGACCUUCUGAUGGUCGAUGACACCAUAUCCGUUGGCUCAUUCGUGAGAGAAACUAGAGCUGCUGCCCCGGAUGACUGGCACAAGUCAGUCCAGAACGAAGGUGACGGUGAGAUCGGCUACUCCCGUAAGAAGUCGGGCGGUGGCAAGAAGGGCUACCAAAUGUUCGACGCCUACCACAAGAAGGCCGGAGACCACUACGAGUUUGAGAAGCAGGACUCUUACGGCCAGGAGGAGAAGGGCCAAGAUGGAGCCUACAGUGACAACUAUGAGACUUUAGCUGAAAGAGAGCCUGAUCAUGAAGAGUACGAAGAUGAAGAGCGACCAAGGAAGCAGAAACAGAAGCAGAAGAAACAGCGCAAAGAAAUCUCACAUUCUGAACUAAAAGAGGGCGCUGAUGACGGCAACGGUGGAGUCGAAGCCUUUGGCCACGAUCCCAGGGACUACAUUCUACCCGAAAGAUACACUUGGGGUGAAGAAGAAGAAUCAGAGUCAGAAUAAUUAAUUUACAGUUUAUAGUUAUUAUUACUAGACUGAUAGAUUGUAGAACUUUAUAAUUAAUUUUCUAACUAAGAUUAACGCCAUCUGUUACUGGGUAUUAAAACUAGAGGCGUUUAUUAGUAUGCAACCUUUCGUUGUAUACUUACUUAGUUGUUAAAUAUUUUCGUUACAUAUUUUCAUAAGAAUUUUACAAAAAAAUAUAUCAUGUAUCUAAGCA